CGGUGAUGGAAGCAAACCCGGAACUGCUGCCACGUCGAGGUGCAGUCUGUUUCUGACUUUUUGAUCACUUUAUAAAGAGGUCUGUGGAAUGGCUCUGUUUGAGGAGGUCUCCAAAAAAUCCGCGCUUCACCCAAAGCCUGCCGGGCUGCUGCUGAACUAUGGCACUUCCGGGUUUCGGACUGUCGCCGAGCAGCUGGAUCACGUCAUGUUUCGGAUGGGCUUACUAGCAGUUUUGAGGUCCAAGAAGACUAAAGCCACCAUUGGUGUGAUGGUUACGGCGUCUCACAACCCUGAGGAAGACAAUGGCAUCAAGCUUGUGGAUCCCAUGGGUGAGAUGGUGACCCCUACCUGGGAGGAGUACGCCAUGCAGGUAGCUAAUGCUGAACAGGAGGCCCUCCUCACAGUGCUUGGAGACAUCAUGAAGAGGGAGGCCAUCGACAUCAAUCAGGGGGCUGCUGUCUUUAUAGGCAGAGACACCAGGCCCAGCAGUGAGAGUUUGAGCCAGGCAGUGCUGGAUGGCAUCCUCUCCUUGGCCGGUCACGCACAUGACUAUGGUGUGCUGACUACCCCUCAGCUGCACUUCAUGGUUCGCUGUGAGAAUACGCAGAGUCGCUAUGGCAACCCCACCACUGAGGGCUACUACCAGAAACUGUCGCAGGCUUUCGUCCAGCUCGUCAAGCAUGCCCCAAACCGCACUGACGACCAGAAGCAUCUUCUUGUGGAUGGAGCCAAUGGUGUUGGGGCCCUGAAGCUGAGGGAGAUGGAGCCCUUUCUGCAGAAGGAGCUGCAGAUCUCGCUGUUCAACAAGGGCACUGGGGGCAAACUUAACUUCCAGUGUGGUGCUGACUAUGUCAAAGUCCAGCAGGGACCUCCUCUGGGAGUUGAGAUGCUUGUGGGUCAGCGCUGCUGUUCCUUUGAUGGUGAUGCAGAUCGGAUUGUUUACUACUACAGUGACUCCGAGGGCCGUUUUCACUUGCUGGAUGGUGACAAGAUUGCUACACUUAUCAGCACCUUUCUGAAAAAGCUGGUCACACAGGCUGGUCUGGACUUGCAGAUUGGUGUAGUGCAGACAGCAUAUGCUAAUGGGAGCUCCACGCGCUACUUGGAGAACAACAUGAAGGUGACAGUACGCUGCGUAGAGACUGGUGUAAAGCACCUGCAUCAUGCUGCCCAGGAAUUUGACAUUGGUGUGUACUUUGAGGCCAACGGUCAUGGUACGGUUCUUUUCAGUGAGUCUGCAGUAGAGAAGAUCCAGCAACUAGCCAUGGACUCCAGCACCAGCGAUGAGAAGAAGAGUGCCGCUCAAAUACUGGAGAACACAGUCAACGUCACCAACCAGGCGGUGGGCGACGCCAUCUCCGACAUGCUGCUUGUGGAGGCUGUGCUAGCGGUGCAGGGCCUGUCCCUGCAGCAGUGGGACGCCAUGUACACGGACCUGCCCAACAGGCAGCGUAAAGUGAAGGUGGCAGACAAGAGCGUGAUCACCACGACAGACGCCGAGAGGCGGGCGCUCAGUCCGGCCGGCUUGCAGGACGCUGUGGACGCACUGGUGAAGCAGUACCGCCUGUCUCGAGCGUUCGUCCGUCCCUCUGGCACCGAGGAUACGAUUCGAGUGUAUGCUGAAGCAGACACGCAGGAAAACACAGAUUCACUUGCUCAUGAAGUUUGCAUGGCUGUUUACCGUCUGGCUGGGGGGGUCGGAGAGGAGCCGCAGCCUCUGUGUUAGUGCUGUCUGUCACACGCUAACACACGGACAGUCGUGCACAUGCAGGCAGGCUUAGCUCUGAGCCAGCCAUCUUCAUACUGUAAUCUAGCAGUACUUUCAUCCUGUACUGUGGAAUUAACUUAAGGUGGCCAUCUCUACAAACUACCUGAUGUCACAUGCCUAACAAAUCUUUUUCUCUGGAAAUUUUUAUAUAAGGAAAAAGAUAAUCACUACAAUCAUUUAUGGAGAAUGCUGCAAAUUUUGUAUUUCAAUAGAAAAUAAAAUUUACCGCUCAGAAAACA